AUGAACGGCAAUGGCAUUGGGAAUGCAAUUCCAAAUAUUGAUAGUUGCGGUAACCGAUACAAGCUGCUUAGCAGCGUCAAUUCCGAUGCCAAUUUCGAACGUCACCAUUAUAGAAGUGACAAGGCAGAAAGCCCUGGCAAGGCGAAGUGCAGCGAAAUGCGCUCCAGGCAGCCAAUAGUGAAUGGCUGUGCACGGCAAGGCAUUUAUACGUGGGGCGCGGCCGUCCCUACGUAUGACAGAAUCAUGUCGACAACUUCGUCUUCGGAAGUCGCUGGUGGCGGCCAAAGCCAAGCACAUACAUGUACUGCUGCAACGCAAAGCCAAGAGGCACCGAUGCCAGGGACUACUUCGGACCCUUCUCGCAACAUAUUAUCACUGGGUUUCUUAUUUGCUCAACUGAAAGUUGCUGCUUGGGUUGAACCCUUAUGUAGAGCUGUGUCGAGUUUGAAGAACAUGAAAGCGGGCUUCUGGAGCCAUGUCCUGGUAGCAGCUCCUCUUCUCAUCGCAAUCUUGACGCUCUGGCCGACGUUCACCGGUACUGCAGACGCAAAAAAAGCCACAGAACUAGCUAAAUGGACGGCCAAAAAGGAUUUUAUAGAGUUCUGUCAAUCACUCGACUGGGAGCCCACUGGGUGUGAUCUGCAGCCCGAUUCUUUGGGGCCACCACCGGUUCUUCGUCGACAAAUGCCGUCCUGGCCUUCUAAUACUCGUAUAAGUUCGGCAUUUAACCUCAUUACCCUUGUUGCGUUGAGUUUUGGCAUUUUCUGUUUGCUGGUGAAGAUCCAACAGCGACGCAUGCGGUCCCUAUUCCAAGGCUCUUUUCCCACAUUGUCAUACUAUCGAUAUAGUCAACGUGUAGUCACGCCGUUACUUUCUGUUGUAGAAAUCUCAGAUGCAGACCAGACACUGCAACCAACGCCAAUAGCGCAUAGCAGCGGGCUUGAGGCAGCUGAACAUGUACCUCGACGUCGAGUGGUCGGCUCUGAUAGUCGACGUAGGCCACAAAGCCCUCCUCUAGCUGCCUAUGACAGAACAGAAGAUGACAGUGGUGUUAAAAUGCAACCUGAGCGGCAUGUGGACUAUUUAUCCCAUGUGUGGCAAGAAGAAGACCUCCACCAAUCUUGGAGACAUGUGCAAUCGCAAAAGACAAACUACGAAAAUGCGGCUCGCCUAGAAAACGCUGCGUGGAGAUCCUGGACUAAAUUUAGGCACAGUUUACCUACGAUUUCACCAACUCACAUUAAUUGGUCAAAAGACGAAGAUGUCACAUGGCUCUAUGGCCCGCUACAGCCUCAGCCUGUUGGGCUGUAUGGGCUGACGAACUAUACAGCGGGAUACGAGCGAGAGAGCAUACAGAAGUUGGAGGCCACCAAACGCACCGCUACUUCAAAGACCGAGAAAGGCGAUCGAUACGUAACAAGUAGUCGGAAGCUCGGAUUGGAUGAAGCUGCGAACAAAUCCUCUCGCCGAAACUUCCACCAGGAAGGAAACCUCAAGCAUGGACGGCACUUUGGUAAAAGCUUUUCAAGAAAUGUUUCCAUCCAACCAGAGCCGAAAGAGGUUCGCUUCAAAGUAGAAUUCGAGUAG